UUGUGAGGUGCAUAGAAAGGGCGAAUCUCUCAAACAGAAUUAAUUAACUGAAGAAUUUCGAAAUUUAAACAUUUUCCUUGAAGAAUAGAGACAAUGAGUUAUCCAGGUUACGGCGCUCCUCAGCCGGGAUACCCUGGAGGGUAUGGAGGUGCACCUGGUGCCCCUGGUUUUGGAGGAAUACCUGGGCAGCAGCAGGACCCUCUCUUCGGAUACUUUACCGCCGUCGCUGGCCAGGAUGGUCAAAUAUCUGCUGAGGAGCUUCAGGCUUGCCUCACUCAGGCCAAUUUUGCUGGUGGCUACAAACCUUUCAACUUGGAAACAUGCAGGUUGAUGAUCAACAUGCUUGACAGAGACAUGUCCUGCACAAUGGGCUUUAAUGAAUUUAAGGAGCUCUGGGGUGUGCUGAAUGGUUGGAAGCAGCAUUUCAUGUCCAUUGACAGAGACCAAAGUGGGACAGUGGACCCCAAUGAAAUGCGUCAGGCUGUCACUUCCAUGGGCUAUAAUCUGAGCCCUCAAGCGAUGAACUGUAUUGUCAAGCGCUAUAGCACUCAAGGAAAGAUCACUUUUGAUGAUUAUGUGGCAUGCUGUGUGAAGCUGAGAACAUUGACUGACAUCUUCCGAAGGAGAGACCAAGCUCAACAGGGAGUGGCUACAUUUCCAUACGAUGAGUUUAUCCAGUGCACCAUGAGUACCUAAGGGAAUUUCACUGGACAAGAACUCCCUGGACUGUGGCUUUGAAAUACAGGGAUAUCAUCUAUGUGCUUGAGCUUAUUUUUUUAAAUGCUUUUUUAAAUUUUCUCAUAUUUACAAAUGACCACUUCUGUAAUAUCAAGUUUGUCAUUGUAUACAUUUCAACUGAUGUAUGCUUAUGUUGAUUUUAUAUACUAACAUCAACACACAUAUAAAUGGUGUAAUCCAAAUAAUUUUCCUGAAUUCGCUUAAUUGGAUAGAGGAAUCAAAGUAAAGGAAGAUGAAUAAACAUAGCUUUGAAAUCGCA